GUUUAGCAUUAUAUAGGAACAAUUAGUAUUCUUUAUCCCUUUACUCAUGACUUUUGUAUUUUUUAAUGCAGAUUACUCCAUUGAGAAUGAACAAUAUCUCAGCGGUGACAGAAUUUCUUCUUGUAGGUUUUUCUGGCCCGUGGAAGCUUCAGUUAUUACAAGCUGGGACUUCCAUAGUGAUUUACCUGGCAGCCCUGAUGGAGAAUGGUCUCAUUAUCACCAUAACCUCUUUGGACCCAUGCCUUCGCAAACCCAUGUACUUCUUCUUAAGGUAUCUCUCCCUCUUUGAUCUUUGCCUCAUUUCUGCAGUUGUGCCCAAAGCUAUUAUCAACUCCUUGACCCACAGCAACUACAUCUCUUUCCUUGGCUGUGUCAUCCAGCUCUUUCUGGUGAUCUUUUCAGCAACCACAGAGCUGUUCCUCCUCACAGCGAUGGCCAUUGACCGCUAUGCUGCCAUCUGCCAUCCCCUGCACUAUGAAGUCAUCAUGAACAGGGCCAAGUGUGUGCAGAUGGCAUCUCUGUCUUGGCUCAGUGGUGGUUUGAUAUGUGUGAUACACACUGCAGUUACCUUUUCUUUAUCUUACUGUGGAGUCAGUGAAAUUCAACAAUUCUUCUGUGAUAUUCCCCAGUUGUUAGCUAUUUCUUGCUCAGAAUAUAUAUUUGCAGAGAUUGCACUCAUUCUCAUUAAUGCAGUACUAGAUUUCUGCUGCUUUGUUUGUAUCAUCAUCUCUUACAUUUGCAUCUUCUCCACUGUCAGGAAGAUUCCAUCCAUAGAAGGACAGUCAAAAGCCUACUCCACUUGCCUCCCACACCUGGCAGUGGUUGUUCUGUUCCUCUCAACUGCCUUUGGUGCUUAUCUAAAACCUAUUUUAGGGUCUGCAUCCUUCAAUGAUCUCAUUCUAUCUGCUUUAUAUAUUGUGUUGCCCCCUUCCCUUAAUCCAAUCAUAUACAGCCUGAGAAACGAGGCCAUGAAGGUUGGUUUAGAGAAGUUAAUCACUACAAAGCUCUUGACAAAGAAAAACCUUCUUAUUUUCCUUCAAGAAUAGAGCUAUCCCUCCUAUUAGCAUUGAUAUAAGGGUUAAUCCAAACUGGUCUGU